CCUCUAAUCAGACAGCUGAUGUUUUAUGAUCAGGCACAUGUUGAUCAAUUUGUUGCCAAUUAUACCACACCUACAUCAAACAAGGAGUGUCAUGGGUUUCUUGCUGGGAAUGCUGUUCGAUCAAUGAAUCGCUACAAAGCUCUUAAUGAAACAGCAAUCUUUGGGCGAGGCUGUCGACAUGAGUUUGCUAAAAAAUUCUUAAAUUUGAAACAUGGAGAGAGAUUGAGCUAUGCAGUUUAUGUUCUCCAAGAAUUAGAGAAAGAUAAUGUUGAUAAUCCUGCACUCAAAAUAAACAUAUUGUAUGAUGUUGCAUGUAUGUUGGUGAAACACUUACAGGUUAAAUUUAGUCCCCGUCGUAAAGAAGGAUUUGGCCUAACUGACGGUGAGAUGUUGGAGAGAUUGUGAGCUUACAUUCGCAAAUUUAGCAGAAUGACUAAAGAAAUGCGUCCAAGUCACAGAGUUGAUGUACUCAGUGAUGCUCUUUUGCAUUAUGGA